AUGGUUGUCGAUACCGCCUAUUACGACACCUUGGGCGUCCAGCCCACAGCCACCGAGCUGGAGAUCAAGAAGGCUUAUCGAAAGAAGGCUAUUGUCCAUCACCCAGAUAAGAAUCCCGAUGAUCCCACCGCACACGAAAAGUUCCAGGCCAUCGGUGAGGCCUAUCAGGUCUUGUCCGAUUCCGACUUACGAGCAGCAUACGAUAAAUUUGGAAAGGAGUCUGCCAGGCCGCAGGAAGGCUUCGCCGAUCCUGCUGAGUUCUUCAGCUCCAUUUUCGGAGGCGAGGCCUUCGUUGACUGGAUCGGCGAGAUUAGUCUCAUGAAGGACCUUACGGCGACUAUGGACAUCACAAUGCAGGAGGAGGAGGCUGCUGCCGCUGAAGCUGCUGCUGAGGAAGCCGCCGCCGCCGAGGCCGCUGGAGAGGAUUUCCCCGGAACCGAAGAGGCCAAGAAGGAGAGCAUGAAGGACCAGGAGAAGAAGGCUGAGGAGAAGACCGCCGCUGAAGCUGAGCAACAAGCUGGCGCGCCUCCUCCACCUUACACUGCUGCUUCUGUCAGCGACGAUAAGGAAACUAAGCCUGCUUCCCCUGCUGCUGCUCCCGCUGCGGCCGCUGCUCCUCCUCCUGCUGCUGGCCUCUCUGCCGACGCUCCUCAACGAUCCGAUGCCACAUCCCCCGCCCCCUCGUCGAGCUCUCACAACCGAACACAGAUCCCCCUCCGACCUGCAUUGAUGGACAAGUCCCAUGAGGACCUUCUCGACGCCGAGACUAAGCGCGAACUUACAGAGGAGGAGCUCCAACAGAAGGAGAAGAAGAAGGGUGGCCUGACCAAGGAGCAGCGAGAGCAACUUGCAGCCUACGAGAAGGAACGCGCUAAGAUCCGACAGGAGCGUGUCGAUACACUCUCUAGGAAGCUUCUCGACCGACUUAGCGUUUGGACAGAGACUGACAAGGGUCCCGAUGUAACCAGGGCAUUCCAGGAGAAGAUGCGUCUUGAAGUUGAGAACUUGAAGAUGGAGUCUUUCGGUAUUGAUAUUCUGCACGCCAUCGGUCAAACUUACGUCUCAAAAGCCUCUGGCCUCCUCCGCAGCCAAAAGUUCUUCGGUAUCGGCGGUUUCUUCAGCAGACUUCGUGACAAGGGCACACUUGUCAAGGAGACAUGGAACACUAUCAGCAGCGCUAUCGACGCUCAGCAGACUAUGGAGGACAUGGCCAAGAUGGAGCAGAAGGGUGGCGAGGACUGGACCGACGAGAAGCGUGCUGAGUACGAGAGACGUGUGACUGGCAAGAUUCUUACUGCCGCAUGGAGGGGAAGCAAGUUUGAGAUUCAGAGCGUCCUGCGUGAGGUUUGCGACAGCAUUCUGAACGACAAGAAGGUCCCCCUCAACAAACGACUAGAGCGCGCACAAGCUUUGGUUCUUAUUGGUGACGUCUUUGUCAGGGCUGAACGAUCCCCUGAAGAGGAAGGCGACUACCUGGUAUUUGAGCAACUGGUCGCCGAGGCCGCUAUGAAGAAGGACAAAGAGGAGGACCAUAAGAAGAAGAAGGACCGCAAGUCUUUCCACAGCCACAGGGACAAGGAGCAAAAGGAUAAGGAACCUGCUGCCUCGACACCCUGA